AUGAAGGUCAAAACUGAGCCUGUCAACCUACACCCCGAGCCAAGUUCAAGUGAUCAAGGCAUUCAUGCUCAGAUACUGGCGUCCCUGCAGGGACAAAAGGAAGCGACUGCCGAAGUGGAACAGGCCAUGGAGCAUGACAAAGUCCGCGGCAAUAGAGAGUAUCAUAGACAGACACGACCGGCCGGGCCGAAUGCAGAGAUAGGAGAGAAACUCCAUGGGCUAGUCGAGAUGAUGCUGGACCAUCUCCAGGCCAAAGAAGCGACCAUCUACCGUGGCGCUGAUGCCUAUCGGAAGAAUGGCAUCAAUUGCGUGGAGAAGAUCGAACGACGCUACAUGCAGGAGAGGCAGGCGCUCAAUGAAACGUGGAAGAAGGAUAGUGAUAGGUUCCUCCGGGGGACGCGGGCAGCCAAGGCACAGAUUGAUGAGCGCGGAAAGAUACGAGAGAAGGCGAUGCAGCAACUGAAUGAAACGGCAGCAAGGCGCCGUCACUUAUUUGAACAAGCGACGACAAGUUUACGAGCACUUCAUGGACGAUUGAUGCAGGGAAAUGUUGCAGACUACGAAAAUUGA